AUGGUGCGGUACGGCUGCAUAUGCAAGCGGGGUGGUGGAAGAAUUGAUCAUACGUUUAAUGACAUUUUUGAAAAACCUGAACUUCUUUUAAAAUCUAUUGAUGGAGAAGAAAAUAUUAGAAUAGUAGCUCGUCAACAAAAUCGUGUGAAUAUUGUUACUAAUUGUCCGAAAACAUAUUUUCGUAUAGCUAUUGCAAUACCAUUUUUUGAUGAUUUCAUAAGACAAUUAAAAGAACGCUUCACUAACCAUAAAAAAAUAAUAUCUUCCCUGUGCUUUUUACUUCCCAAUAAAUGUACUAAUUCUGAAUUAGAAGCAAGUGAUUUCGAAUUAUACUCAGAGUUUUUAGAUUUGGAUGCACUUUCGAACGAGUUAAAACUUUGGAAAAGAAAAUGGUGUGAUAAACCAAUAUUAGAACGAUCUCCUGAAAUACUUGAAGCAUAUUCAAAUUGUAACAAAAAUUUUUUCCCAAAUAUUUCAUUUUUAUUAAAAGUUUUGGCAACUUUACCAGUAACUACGGUGACACCGGAAAGAACUUUUUCGACGCUGAAAAGAAUAAAAAAUUACCUAAGGAAUGCAACUGGAGAAGACCGAUUGACUGGCCUAGCAUUACUCAGUGUACAUAGGAAUAUCGUUGUAGAUCCAGAAGAAGUAAUCAAUCGUUUUUCAAAUGAAAAACAAAGAAAUAUAGAGUUUGUCAUAUAAAAUAUAAACCAUUUUUCAAACUAAAUGUAUAGAAUUAAGUUUAAUAAUCUAAUUAAUAUUAAGUCUAAAAAUUUUUUAAUGUGAAUUUCAUUAAUAAAUACUAUUUAUAAUUCUACAA